AUGCUGUUCUCCCUGCGGGAGCUGGUGCAGUGGUUGGGCUUCGCCACCUUCGAGCUGUUCCUGCAGGGCCUGGCGCUGCUGGCCUUCUCCGUGCUGCUGGUGCUGAAGGUGGACGGGCAGGCCCCGGCGCUCUCCUGGUGGGUCGUCUUCGUCCCGUUCUUCGCCGCCGAUGGCCUCAGCACCUACUUCACCACCAUCGUCUCGGUGCGGUUGUUCCAAGACGGGGAGAAGCGCCUGGCCGUGCUGCGGCUCUUCUGGAUCCUCACCAUCCUCAGCCUCAAGUUCGUCUUCGAGAUGUUGCUGUGCCAGAAGCUGGUGGAGCACACCCGGGAGCUGUGGUACGGGCUCAUCAUGUCUCCUGUCUUCAUCCUCCUCCAGCUGCUCAUGAUCCGAGCCUGCCGGGUGAACUGA